GGCGGCGGGGCCGGGCCCCGGGCCCCCCCGGGCUGGGUGCUGGCCCAGGCCCUGACUGCCUGAAGAGAGAUGAAGAAACCGAGAUUCAGAGAGGUUCAGACACUUGCCCGAGAUCACACAGCUAAUCUCACCUCCCGCUCCUCCCGCCUCCCCUCUGCACCAUGGCUCCGGGCCCCUUCUCAGUGCUCCUCUCGCUGCCGCCUACUGCCCUGCCCUUUCUGCUGCUCCUCUGGGCAGGGGCAUCACGGGGCCAGCCCUGCCCUGGCCGCUGCAUCUGCCAGAACGUGGCGCCCACGCUGACCAUGCUGUGCGCCAAGACUGGCUUGCUCUUUGUGCCGCCGGCUAUCGACCGGCGCGUGGUGGAGCUGCGGCUCACCGACAACUUUAUCGCGGCCAUCCGCCGCCGAGACUUCGCCAACAUGACCAGCCUGGUACACCUCACCCUCUCCCGGAACACCAUUGGCCAGGUGGCGGCCGGCGCCUUUGCGGACCUGCGCGCCCUCCGCGCCCUGCACCUCGACAGCAACCGGCUGGCAGAGGUCCGAGGGGACCAGCUCCGGGGUUUGGGCAACCUCCGCCACCUGAUCCUGGGCAACAACCAGAUCCGCCGGGUGGAGUCGGCUGCUUUCGACGCCUUCCUGUCCACCGUGGAGGACCUGGAUCUGUCCUACAACAACCUGGAGGCUCUGCCCUGGGAGGCCGUGGGCCAGAUGGUGAACCUAAACACCCUCACCCUGGACCACAACCUCAUCGAUCACAUCGCCGAAGGGACCUUUGUGCAGCUUCACAAACUGGUUCGCCUGGAUAUGACCUCCAACCGCCUGCAUAAACUGCCCCCUGAUGGGCUCUUCCUGAGGUCCCAAGGUCCGGGACCCAAGCCGCCCACACCGCUCACGGUCAGCUUCGGCGGCAACCCCCUGCACUGCAACUGUGAGCUGCUGUGGUUGCGGCGGCUGACCAGGGAGGACGACCUGGAGACGUGCGCCACGCCGGAGCACCUCACCGACCGCUACUUCUGGUCCAUCCCAGAGGAGGAGUUUCUGUGUGAGCCUCCGCUGAUCACGCGGCAGGCAGGCGGCCGGGCCCUGGUGGUGGAGGGCCAGGCAGUCAGCCUGCGGUGCCGCGCCGUGGGCGACCCUGAGCCCGUGGUGCACUGGGUGGCACCCGACGGGCGCCUGCUGGGGAACUCGAGCCGGACCCGGGUCCGGGGGGAUGGGACCCUGGAUGUAACCAUCACCACCUUGCGGGACAGUGGCACCUUCACUUGCAUCGCCUCUAACGCCGCCGGGGAAGCCACCGCACCCGUGGAGGUGUGCGUGGUGCCUCUGCCUCUGAUGGCGCCCCCGCCUGCUGCCCCGCCACCUCUCACGGAGCCUGGCUCCUCGGACAUCGCCACGCCUGGCCGACCUGGAGCCAAUGAGUCGGCGGCUGAGCGCCGGCUUGUGGCGGCGGAGCUCACGUCCAGCUCUGUGCUCAUCCGCUGGCCGGCCCAGAGGCCCGUGCCUGGCAUCCGCAUGUACCAGGUGCAGUACAACAGCUCCGCAGACGACUCCCUUGUCUACAGGAUGAUCCCAUCCACCAGCCAGACCUUUCUGGUGAAUGAUCUGGCAGCGGGCCGCGCCUACGACCUGUGCGUGCUGGCUGUCUACGACGAUGGGGCCACGGCGCUGCCGGCCACCCGAGUGGUGGGCUGCGUGCAGUUUACCACCGCUGGGGAUCCCGCACCCUGCCGCCCGCUGAGGGCCCAUUUCUUGGGCGGCACCAUGAUCAUCGCCAUCGGGGGUGUCAUUGUCGCCUCCGUCCUCGUUUUCAUCGUUCUGCUCAUGAUCCGCUACAAGGUCUACGGCGAUGGGGACGGCCGCCGAGUCAAGGGCACCUCCAGGUCGCCUCCGCGGGUCAGCCACGUGUGCUCGCAAACCAACGGCGCAGGCGCAACGCAGGCCCCGCCCCCGCCGGCGCCCGACCGCUACGAGGCGCUGCGAGAGGUGGCGACUCCCGCGGCUGCGGCGGCGGCCGUCGAGGCGAAGGCCGCGGCGGCCGACAUGGCUUCCGCGGAAACGGAGGCGGUCCUUGGACGUUCCCUGGGCGGCUCGGCCACCUCGCUGUGCCUACUGCCAUCCGAGGAAACCUCCGGGGAGGAGUCCCGGGCCGCGGUGGGCCCUCGGAGGAGCCGUUCUGGGGCUCUGGGACCGUCGGCUUCACCGCCCCCCACUUUAGCUCUGGUUCCUGGGGGAGCCCCGGCCCGGCCGAGGCCUCAGCAGCGUUAUUCGUUCGACGGGGACUACGGGGCGCUCUUCCAGAGCCACAGUUACCCGCGCCGCGCCCGGCGGACAAAGCGCCACCGGUCCACGCCGCACCUGGACGGGGCCGGAGGGGGCGCGGCCGGGGAGGACGGAGACCUGGGGCUGGGCUCCGCCAGGGCGCGCCUGGCCUUUACCAGCACCGAGUGGAUGCUGGAAAGUACCGUGUGAGCGGCGGGCGGGCGGGCGCCGGGACGCCUGGGUGCCGCGGACAAACGCCCAGCCGCCCUGACGUUUAGGGCAGGAUUCGGGGGUGAAAGCGCCGAGCCAACACGUCGUCGGACUGGAGGGGAGAAGCACCCUUCUCCCUGGAGAGGGGGGCGGGCUGCCUGGGCCGCGGCUCGAGGCCACGCCCCCGCGCUCAGGGGGGUUUGAGGGCGGGCCGCCGGGCUCCCCGCCCCCGCGGACUCCGAGCCCCUCUCCUGCCCCUCCCCCCGCGCGCUCGCGGACCUCGCUGGAGCCGGUGCCUUACACAGCGAAGCGCGGGGAGGGGCAGGGCCCCCCCGACACUGCAGCACUGAGACACGAGCCCCCUCCCCCCGCCCGGGACCCGGGGCAGGGGCGAGGGGCCCAUUUCACGUAUCUGGCUGGACUAGAUCCUAUUCUGUCCCGCGGCGGCCUCCAAAGGCCCCCCACCAACCCCAUUCAAUUCCCUGGUCCCGUCGUCGGGUCUGGCUUGGGGUCCCCUUUUCUCUGUUCCCCUCGUUUGUCUCUGUCCCGCCCUCUGUCAUCUCUGUCUUAUGUCCUUCCCUGUUCGUCUCUCUUUUCUCUGUCCCGUCGUCUGUUCUCCCUCUGCCCUCCCGUAUGGCGUCCAGCCUCCUUGUCUCACCAGAUUAUCUCCCCCAGUACACGAUUCUCCCGGGCAGGUCCCACCGGAAGGACCAGACUCUCCCCGACUCCUUCCUCUUGCUCCCAAGUGAAUCCCCACAGGAACAAAAUCCAAAACCAAAUCCCCCUCGCUACCGGAGCCGGGACCCUCCGCCGCAGGAGAAUUAAACUUUUUUCUGUGUCUGAGGCC